CGGUCAAAAACAUUGUUAUCGAUAGUUAAGUCAGUAUUAUUAGGAAAUGUAGUAUUUUAAGUUGUCGGAAUUACGGGCCUACUAAUAGCGGUAGUGUGAAUGCCGCCAAAAAGUGCCAUUCAUUGUUUUGUUGAUUGUAGGAGGGCACACUGCGAAUAAAACGUUCCGUUAGCCACAGCCAAGGCCUUUGAAGUACCCCUUUCUUCGGACCUACGCGUGUGGGGAGCCGUUUAAGGCAACUCCACAUGACACAAAACAACAGCUUUUAUUCGCAGUCCUAGGGAGACUGCAAGCCAACUUGCGCUGGAGGACGGCUCGACGACCAGCUAGAGAGUUGCCAGGAGCGCACGGAGCGCAGUUCCCGUACCAGCAGAGGAGUCGCAGCCAGCGACAUAGACGGCGCAGCCAGCGCCAAACACUGAGUACGGACGGAGUCGCAGCCAGCGACACGGAGACGCAGCCAGCGUCGGUUCAGGAGACGCAGCCAGCGUCGGUUUAGGAGACGCAGCCAGCGUCGGUUCAGGAGACGCAGCCAGCGUCGGUUCAGGAGACGCAGCCAGCGUCAGGAGGCGCAAGGAGCGCCAAGCAUCAGCGGCCAGACGGCACAGGUCCGCCAUUUUGGAGCGCGGCGCAGCGCCAUAUUUGGACCAUAUUAUAUUUGGAUUUGGAUAUCUCGAGAUGCAGCAUUCCCCCAGGAGGAGUUCCCGGCUGAACGGAGGGGAAGCCACACCUACAACGCGAGCGGAUCAGCAGCCAGUGAGUAGUGCAGCAGAAAGCCGGCCAAGGGUUAACAUAACCACGGCGGCGGCCAUUUCUCGCCCAGCCACUACAGCGACUACAGUAGCGUCCCAACCAAGGAGCACUGUAACAGCAGCUGCGAGUUCAGAGCCGGAGGUGAGCCAGCCACUCACGGCGUACCUAUUGGAGAGGAUUACGGCGUUGGAGAACGAGCUGAAGAAGGUCAAAGCCAUGGACACAGCAAGCACCGCCAAUUGCGCGCCAAUCGCAGUUGGCCCAAGCGCAAAUGGCGCCAACAGUGGAGCGUCGGAGCGGCCGCCAUCGUGGAGCGGACCGCCAUUAACCGCCACAUCGAACGGUGAGGCACCAACUAACGGGGUCGGGCCGGACCCAUAUAGCAGUUUCGGUGCGACCAGUGGGACCUACACGCUGCCGCCAUCUUGGAGUGGACCACCGUUGCUAACGACUAGCAACCCACUGUGCGCUAUAAGUGCUGCGCAGACAGCGCAUGGAUUCGCGCUACCGGGCGGGAGCAUCCACAACGUAGCAACUGCAUCACCAUUUGUUGGAUCCUACGCCUGGAUGACGCCGAAUGGAACCCAAGCUAAUGGACCAAGGAGGCUCCCGGACUUGCCUAUAUUUGGAGGGCAGCCCGAGGAUUGGCCCAUCUUUAAUUGUGCAUUUGUAGAGACGACCCAAGCGUACAACUGCACGGAUCUGGAGAACAACCAGAGGCUUUUGAAGGCGCUGAAGGAUGAAGCACGCGAGACAGUGAAGUCGCUGCUGAUUCACCCUGCAAACGUCAGAGCCGUGAUGGAGCAGCUGCGGUUUAGGUUUGGCCGACCGGAGCAGCUUAUACGCAGCCAGCUGAACAGCGUGCGAGAGGUUCAGCCGAUUUCGGAGCAGCAACUGGCGAGGAUCGUCCCCUUCGCAACCAGAGUGAGUAACCUCACGGCCUUCUUGCAGUCGGCAAAGGCGGAGCAACAUCUGGGAAACCCCACACUCAUGGAGGAGCUUGUGGCAAAGCUUCCCACCAGCAAACGAGUGGAUUGGGCCAGGCACGCUGCAUCGAUCCAGCCCUUUCCCACUGUAGCGCACUUCAGCGCGUGGCUACAGGAGUACGCGAACAUCGUGUGUACGAUUUUGGACGUCGAUGGAAAGGAGCCGAGGCGUCGAGUUCUACACGCGAGCGUCGACCAGAACGGAUACGAGCAGCGGGAUGACCGGCAUGGAGGUUGUCCAAUUUGUGAAGGUCAACAUGCUACGACGAGUUGCAGCGAAUUCAUUGGAGCUUCGCCACCGGGCAGAUGGAGCAUGGUGAAGAGGCAUCGGCUCUGCUUCACAUGCUUACGGAGUGGGCAUGCGGCCAGAUCCUGCGAUGUGCAUGGCGAGUGCCAGAUCAACGGAUGCCGCAGAUUGCAUCACCGUCUGCUACAUGAAGAGGACGAAGGGCGAAGACGGCCGGAGCAGCGAGGUGGUUUCAGGCGCCACAACGGAGGGAACCAGAUGUCACCAGUUUCCAGACGCAGCCCGGACAGGAGGUCUUCGCCACGAGGUGGUUACAGGGACCACGAGAGGACCCAGGAGUCGGCUGUCCGCAGGAACAGCCAGGAGAGAAGGGCCCCGCAGCCAGCGGAGGCGCCCAUGCAGAGGAACUUGAGUAUUGACGUCAAAGGAGGCCGACUUUUGUUCCGUAUACUGCCAGUAACGCUGUACGGAGCUGGUCGCCAGGUGGACACAUAGGCGCUAUUAGAUGAA